AUGGGAACAAAGCCAAAGGCCUCCAAAAUGACUCCUCCUCUAAUAGCCACUCUCAUAGUAGCAAUUCUUGCACUUUGCUUCCCCUCAAUAGCCAAUGCAACCUACCAAUAUUCCUCUCCUCCGCCGCCCCCUUACGUUUACAAGUCCCCACCACCCCCGGAGAAGUCUCCACCGCCGCCGCCAGUCCACAAAUCUCCACCACCGCGCUCCCCACCACCACCACCUAAGAAAUCUCCUCCACCGCCAGUCUACAAAUCUCCCCCACCGCCCGUCUACAAGUCACCGCCAGUCUACAAAUCUCCACCACCACCAGUCGUAAAAUCUCCACCAUAUGUCUACAAAUCCCCACCUCCUCCUCCUUACCACUACUAA